GAACAACUUCAUUGUUUGCCAUCACCUUUCAUAGUUGUCCCUCUUUUCUGUUUCUCUCAAAGUGAAGAAAAACGUGAUCAGUUAUAAUGGAGAGCGAAAGAGUGCGUGUUAUGAUGAAGAGGGCAGAGAUUGAUACGAGGGCUCCUUUCCGGUCAGUCAAAGAGGCCGUCACGUUGUUUGGAGAAAAAGUUUUGGCUGGAGAACUCUAUUCCACCAAGCUCAAAGAGAUGCAAAGUGAAGAAAAUGAAAAUGGGCAUGGCCCUUCUAGGAUUGGGACUGUCACGGCUGAGCUAGAGGAGACAAAACAAAACCUCCAAAAAGCUAGAGAAGAAAGUGAGCUAAUGGAAAAUUGUCUUUCCUCUCUUAAGCAAGAGCUUGAACGGACAAAACACGAGCUUCAACAAUUAAAGGAACGAGAAUCCGAGAAACACCAAAUAGAAUCUGAGAUUGAGGACGUCAAGUUCGUUGAAGAUUCAAUGAGAUUUGAGAUGAUCAAAACACAAACAUCUGGUGAAGGGGUUGAAUUCCAAAAGAAAAGAUACGUGACAUUUGCAAAUCCUCCUUCUUUGGCUCAAGUUAUGAUCCCUCAAGGUGUUGAGAGAUUGGCGAGACACCCCUCUCUCAAGAAGAAGAAGAAGAAGAAACCGUUGAUUCCUUUGAUAGGAGGGAUCUUUUCAAAGAAGAAAGCAAGCCCGGAAUUAGCAUAACCUCCACUUCAAACUUACACAAGUACUACACUUUUUAUGUUACAACAUACUGUUUUGGACCC